AAUGUGUGAGUCAUUUUGGAAUCCAAUCCAGAUUCCAAUCCAGAAUCUAAAUGUAAUCCUACUUUUCAAUGUAAAGAUGGCGACGUCCAGACCUAAGAAAACAAAUCCAAAAAACAGAAAAACGAAAACAUUUUUAGAAUUCGAUGAAAAGGCAAGAUCAGAAUAUUUGAGAGGUUUUCAUAAAAGGAAAAUUGAUAGAAAGAAGCUUGCCAGAGAAAAACAAGAUCAAAAAAUCUUGGCAGAAAGAAAGGAAAUUCUUAAACAAGCUAGGGAUUUAAAAUCUAGUCACUUGAAGCAGAAUUCUUCAAUAAUUCCUGAGAUAAGUACCUUGGUUGAUCCAGAAACUUACGAGCUUCCAGAACACACAGUGACCAUUGCAGAUAUUGGUGAAAUAGAUUUUGUUGGGAAAGGUGGAUUUCAUUUAGGUCAAAAUAAAGGAUUUAGCCCUGAGAGCAAUGCUGAUGAAACUACACACACUCCUGUCACUGGAUCAAAGGAAAGUAAAUCUAUACAGCACAAACUAGCAGCUUGCAGUAAUCAGUUAUCUUCUGCAAAAUUAAAUGCCAAGAGAAUGAAGAAAAAACACAUGCUGAGAAUGAAAUUUCAGGCCAAAAAGAAAGGUGAAAAGAAAGGGAAAAAGAAGAAAAAAUAAAAUCAAAAUGACUUA